GGCGAGUUCUUAGGGUGACCUGCCAAGAACCACAGCUGUUCGCGUUACUCAAACACCUGCGGACCAGCGGAACGCAGAAGUUGCAGAGAGUCACAAACAUGAAGUCCACACUCUUCUGUUUACUUGGGAUUGCGCUGGUGGGAACUGCCGUGGCGCAGGUGGUGAGUUUGGGCAAAGGAUGCAGCGAUGCGGAGGCCGAGAAGUGCGACCUGGAGUUCCUCACGUUUGGCUUCAGCUCCAAGCUGCCAGAUACCGCCUCCAAAAUGGCUGACUUCUGCAAGAAGCGAAUGAAGGCGCUGCAGUGCGCGCUGAACUACACCGACCGGUGCCUGCUGGGCUUCUACCGAGGCACCGCCUUCACCGCCAUCAACACCAUGCGAGAGGAGAACGACCGCAGGUGCAACACGACGCACGAGGAACACGCAGGUUUCCUCCAGCAUGCCAAGUGCUUGAACAAGGCCGGUGACUCCAUCCACAAGUGCAUCGUGAACUUCAAGAAGGAGUUCUUCACCACCGCCACGAAGGCUGAGAGGAAGAACCGCAUCCGCUACGGAUGCUGCGACUACACCAAGAUGUUCCAGUGCCGCGAGAAGAACCUCCGCGACAAGUGCGGCGACCCACAGGCCAUCCUGUUCGCUCGCAACGCGGGCGAGCACAUCCUGGGCAACGCGCUCAAGAUCUUCUGCGGCGGAUACAGCACCGAGUCCAAGUAUUGCAAGGCACUGCCCAAGCUCCCCAAGCUGCCCUCCAACACCAAGAUCCCCAAGAGCGUCAUGGUGCUGCUCAAGAUGUUCGCCACGCUAUAACCGCGGUGCGCACACGGGACGCACAUUUUCAUCAUCAUACCUUGUCCUCAUCUUCAUGGACAGGUAACCUCGCACGAAACCGAAAAAAGAAGGAAGCCUUGUUCCCAGUAAAAAAACGUAUCUAUAAGAGCGAGUUGUCUGGCU